UGUUUGCUAUAAAUAAUCAGUCAUAGCUCCCAUGUAGAUGGAAGUGGAUGCGUGAAGAAAUUUUGAUUCUUUCAAAAAUUCCUCAGGCCAGGUGGUCAGUUUUUUUCACAAGUAUAUAAAUCAUCUUAAAUUAAGAAAGCACGCUUCUUGUUAUCAGUGAUGAAUCAUUGUGAAUGUGGGAAACGAUAAGAAAUGAUGCGGCACAGAUAAAUGGGGAAUAUCAUCACUUGGACGAGCUUCAACUCAACCAAGGAGGAAAACAACGUGCAAAGUACCUCACAGUGUUUUUCGCGAAGUGCUCGGUGCUUAAUCUUCCGUGUGGCAGCAUCAGGUGUGGGACGAGUGCCAAAAACAUGACACCUUCGAAUUCUCCAAUAAAUACCGUCGAGGCAAUUUUUUGGUUCCUAGCAUCAGCCUACGUUGCCAUGGGCUUAGCAAUCAAUGUGCUGGAAAAGUUUCUGCCACCUUUCAUGCGACGAAUACUCUUCUAUGGAAAAAUCUCAGGGAAUGAGAAGAAAAAAAGUGACUUUAUGUCCUUCUUGUUCGUCCCAAAGUCAUGGUUUCGUCACUUCUACAUUUUUGCCUCUGUCUGGUGUUCUCUUGUGGUCUUCAUGGCCAUUCAAGGGCUCUCCACUGGUACCAUUCCCACAUGCUUCAUCGAUUUUCUCAAUCUCAUCUGCGGAAAGUACCGAACUGUGCAGACAACUCCUUUGGAAACCCUCUUGGCUCUCUUCUUGUUAUUCAUUCACAUCCUCGUCAGAUGCUACGAGACGAAUUUCACUCAAGUUUUCUCCAAGAAGGCAACAAUGAAUCUAAUCCAAUACUUGAAUUGCUACGUCUACUACUUUGGAGUGGUUGUCCUUCUCAUCUGUAGAGGAGAAGGAUUUGUUACUGGCACCUCCUUGACUCAUCUCAGCAUUGAUGGAUUUUCUUGGCGUUUGGUCAUCUGCUGCGCAUUAUUUGUCUUUGCUUCGUACCACCAAUUCAACUCUCACAGGAUUCUGGUAAAUCUCAGACGCGAUAAACAAGGUCGAGUAGCCACGGAGGGUCACUUUGUAGCAUCCGGUGGGUACUUUGAGUGGGUUUCGUCGCCCCACAUGUUCUUUGAGUGCCUCAUCUACGUCUCCCUCUUUGGUAUUAUCUGGAGAAAUUCAUCAUGGUGGGCUGUCUUGGCUCUUGUUGCCGUCAAUCAACUCACAAUGGCAUAUGAAACUCAUCUUUGGUACCGGAAAAACUUCACCAAAUAUCCAGCUAAGCGAAAAGCUCUCAUCCCAUUUAUUUUUUAAUUAAUCAGUUAUGAAAACCUUUUUCUUAUUAAGAAAAACGAUAAAUUGAAUUUUUAUUAUGAACUUGACGCUUUUUCUGACGCUUCAAUUAAUUGAAAUAUACAUAAGAUUCAACACCUUUGAUUCAGCUAUCAAUCCAUUUGCUUUCUAAGUAUGUACCCACAAGCAAAACUUUCAGAUUGUGCCAAAUACUUCAAAACUAUUCAGAUAAUAGGAUGGACAGUGGAAUGUUGUUAAAUAAGGGAUGGUCACGUUAUUUUGGAAACUCUACAGGAACAAAAUGGCCAAAAUGUGAGAAUUUCAAAUAAUUUUUCUGAGCACAAAAAUUUAUUUUCUAAAUUGAAAAUACUGAAUUCUUAUUAAUAUUUGGCCAUUUAACAAGAAUGCAAGCAAAUUUCAAAUUUUUGGUUUCAAAAAUGGCUUGAAAAUCGCUCUUGAAAGUCCCCGAGUUUCCAAAAUAACGUGACCAUCCCUUAAAUUUACGCAUGAACUAUUUUCAUGCACAAACGUAUACGCCAAUAUGGAAGCAAUAAAUUAUCAUAUUAACGACAUUGAUAAAAUAAAUGACCCGGAAAAAAUUCAAAAUUUUGUAUAAUUGGAAUAUUUGCAGACCUAUGGAUCUAUAAUGAAAAAAUUAAAAAUAUAUAUUUUUUUAAAUUAAAUUAUGGAAAUAAUUACAAUUUAAUAUUAAAAUAAUUCACUUAAAGAUAUCUAUUUAUCUUCAAUUUACAGUACAGCGUCGAACUUUGUUUCCUUUGCCUACCGAUAAGGCAUGACAUUGAUGAAAUUGAAUUAAUCUAACUAUUAUCUUAUAAUACUAACUCUGUAUUUAUAUCUGUUUAAGCAACGUUAUAAUCGCAAUAGGAGAGAUUACUGUUGACUUUAAAUAGCCAACACGCCAUUCAGGAUCUCAUGUGUGACUUUUCCAAGCCAUUUCCUCGCUUUAAUUACCACAAAAGUCACAAAUUUUCUCAGCACUGCAAUUCUCCUCAUGAAAAAUGACUUUAGACUGCAGAGAUUAAUUAUAUUUUAAACGCAAAACAGAGUUUCCCCUGUAUGGGAAUCAUUAAUCACAUUUUCCAUAUAUUUAUAUAUGUAUGUUUUUUUUAUUCCUCCCACAAUCAUAUUUCUUUUUCACGCACUCUUCCGGAACGACGGAUGAAGGAGGUGAAUGCAGGAGUAUUACGGGUAAAUACAGUUAUAGAGAAAAUCAUGGGAAAAUUUCUUUAUUAGAUUCUAGCUCCUCGACAAAAAGGAUGCCACACGAAUGCGAAAUGAAUAAUGCCGCCUUGUCAAAGGAGGGGGGAGCGAUGGUGGAAUGUGAAAGAUUGAUUCAAUUUCGCAGCAUACAUUUUGUGAACUUCUUGCAGCUGCGACACGGUCAGAAGAUGUCCGGGGGAACAAAUAGCAUGGCGGGGGGAAUGAAUUUUUGAAAUUAUCUUCCUUGAGUUUACUGCAAUGUCCAUGGCGAGGAAUUUCUCUUUUCGCAAUUUCUCAUCCUGUCCCACGGGAUGGUGGGUUGUUAUGACGAUGGAUACCGAGGGGGGGGGAGUGCUGCUGCCUUCUGCAUAAAAAGGACAUAAUAGCACUAAUUUUUUAUGUGCGAAACAAAGAACUUUUCCCACUGACCGUGUGCCAGAACGGAGUGAAAGCCCCAAAAGCUCGAAAAUUGUUGCUUUUGCAGCCUCACCGUGUGUGUGGAUGAGUGAGACGGAAGUAGUGAUUUUGGAGGAGCUUUCCCGGCGAAAGAGGCCAGAUGCGGGUGAUCCAGAGCGCAUAUUCAAAUGCUUCGCGCGAAGGGGUAUACCGGGGAAUGUAUUCGGAGCAAAAAGUGAGCUCAUGAUGACGUCGAGACAUCACAAGGUCCGCACGGGAGAAGCGCUCCCAGUCAGUAUGACGUCGAUUGACGCUCAGGAAUGACGCUAGUGUACCAAUAUGCGAAAAUUUCCACUCUUUAGCAAAUAAAACUCAAUAAAACGCGAUGAAUAGAGAGAAGAUUGCAUAGGAGGUAAAAUAGUUCAAGGCGUUUUAUGAGUAAUGAAAUGUGAAAGUAAUACUUUUGAUAUGUUCAGAGAACUUUUACAGGACAGAAAGUUUGGAUUUUCAGGAAAAUGCGAAAAGCUGUUUCUGUAGAAGAAAAAGAAACUAUAUUUUUGCUUAUUAAAUAUUUUAUUAUAAAUAUUAUUUAUUUGUAAGCUCUUUGUUCUUCUCUAAGCAGUUUCAUAAGAUCGAAAAAAUUUUGCCUAAAAGUAAUUUAAAUAAAUUUAAUUUUAAAUACUAAUUUUUAAAAAUUUAUCAAACAUAAAAUCCUUAAAACUUAUACCGAAAAAUAAACAACUGGGCCGAUUCUCAAAAAUCUGACGGAGUUAGAAAGGUCCAGAUUUAAAGAAAAGUCUGAAA